AUGGGAUUGACGAGAUACAUAAAUGCCAUAUACCAAUAUCAAUCGCCUGAUAUCAUAGUUGACAAUACUUUGGUGCAAUAUGCAUCUGAAAUCAAAUAUCUUAGUAUCACGAUCUCCAGUACUCUUUCUUGGGAUAAACAUAUCACCAACACGACCAAUAAGAUUAGGAGGACAUUUUAUCAGUUGAAGCUCUGCAAGAGUCUUCAUCCGCGUGGACUAAGAGAGAGACUUGUUAUUACGCUCAUCUUCCCUCACCUGGAUUACUGUUGUUAUGCACUUACGAAUGUCACCGCAGAACAAAAUCUCCGUCUUUACAGAGCAAUUAAUGCUUGCGUUAGAUUUAUACUAGAUAUUAGAAGAGAUCAACACAUCACGCCGCACUAUAAAACAUUGCGAUGGCUCAAUGUAAAUGACCGUAGGAGAUAUUUCGUAGGAUGUCUACUACACAUAAUACUUAUGACGCAACAACCUUAUUCCAUCUAUGUUAAUUUGCACCGACGUGAAGAAUCUGUGAGGGAUACGAGGGCACCGGAUAAUGAUCUUGUAUCACCCUUGUGUCGAACGGAGAUUUUCAGGCAAUCUUUUAUGGCUACUGCUAUACGGAUAUGGAAUGACAUCCCUCUGAACAUUAGAAGAGUGAGAACACAUGAUCUAUUCAAAUCCUUGCUCUACGGACACUUGCUAGACAAUAUCUGA